AGCACAGUCAGUUAGCAGAUAGGUUUGCGCAGCGUCGCAAGUGUGGCUUAAAAUGGAUGGUAGUGGGAGAUAUUGGAACACUGUUUAACGAGUCGAAAAGAACCAAUGGGCCAUCGGCUCUGUGGAGGAAUGUCCUUAGUUAUUGCGUAGCUGCCUCAGGAAAGGCUGCCAAGGUUGGAUGCAUUAAUUGAACAUUACUGCAAAAUGUCCACAGCUGGAGUUGCUGCUCAGGAUGUCAGAAAUUCUUUGAAGAGUGGCUUUCAACAACAAGACCACCCAUACUGGGGUUCACACGGGGGAUUUGAGAACUUGUACCUGAGCCUUGACACAACAUCUAUGGCCUACAACCUGAAAUCGCACCAGCAGCACCCUGUGUCUGUGGGAUUUGAGAGGCCAUCUUCACACAAAGAACUAUUUCAGGGACUCUGCUGCUUCACCAGUGGCCAGCGGUUGCCACCUAAAAAGAGCCGACCAUCACAACUCAAUCUCUCUGGUGAAUCUUUUGUUCACAGCAUCCUGGAAAGUGAUCAGGUGGUGCCCUCCUUCAGUAAACUCUCUGUGAAUGGUGGGGUCUUCCACGAACGGACACCACCUCAUACUCCCAUUCGGGCUGGACCUGCUUGUGGACUGUUUAUGGAGAAAACUGUGAAGCCACUACCCCCUUUGCCUGUCCCUGGGAAUGGUGGGGACAUCUCUCCGGAUGCAGUGGACAGUGAAGUGGAAUUCUUCACAAGCACAGACAGCAGUUCUUUGGUCACAGAUUCCUGUUACAAGCCUUUGGCAUUCAGAUAUGGAGCUCCAAGCCGCAGGAGCUUUCGAGGAUGUGGACAGAUCAACUAUGCUUAUUUUGAUGGCCCUACUGGGUCUCAAAUAGAUGAGGACUGCACACCUCCCUCAACUUCCUGCACUUUUCAAACUGAAGAAAUUAAAUGUGUUUCACAGACGGGCUUCACACACAGCCAGCCGGAACGACCCCACCGACGGCUGAGGAGGUCUCACUCUGGCCCUGCUGGCUCUUUCAACAAGCAAACGCUAAGAAUAGGAUGCCAGAAAACUUCCCCACCACAGUCCGAUGGAGACAAACCAGUUGUGCCACCCAGAGUACCAAUCCCUCCAAGACCUCUGAAGGGAGAUAUUAGAAGAUGGUCAGCUGAGGUCACCUCAAACAUGUAUUCUGAUGAUGACAAGCCACCUAAAGUGCCCCCCAGGGAGCCACGAUGCCAAGGGGACUCUCGUACCCCCAGCCCCAAAAGCCUCCCUUCAUACCUCAAUGGGGUAAUGCCACCAACCCAGAGCUUUGCACCUGAUCCAAAGUAUAUGAGUGCAAAAGCACUGCAGCGCCAGAACAGUGAGGGUUCCCAGACUCACUAUCCCUGUAUCCUACCUAUUAUUGAGGGAGGAAAGAAGGCCAGUACCACACACUACUACCUCCUUCCAGAAAGACCUGUCUGUUUGGACAGUGAUGAAUGAUUUGCAGCUGCUUUUUCAGGCCACACGGAGGGCAACUUAUUCUAUUUAUGUCUGCUUCCUUGGACUUAAGGUGGCAGCCCUGGCCUGUGGCCAAAUAGCAAAUCUACCUGGGCUGAGGCCUGUACUUGACUCCAGGACCAAACCUGCAUUGGCCAGUCAGGACAAGUAGUUGCAGUGCUUGCACAGCAUGUUGUUAUGGGCCAGGCAAGGGGCUAGAGGUUGAGUGAGCGAAAUUAUUUCCCAGGCUCACAGGUGUUUUGUUUGACUCAUGAGAUGGACAGCCAGAUGGCCUUUUUUUAUAGCUGUAAGGAUGGUAAUGCACUGGUAUUUGCUCAAAUAGCUAUGUAUGGAUCCAUCCUUAGCAGUGUUGUGUGUCAUCUAUGAGUGUUUUUACUUUGAGGUUAUUGAAAUGAAGUAGUUGCACGAGCAGGACUCGUGUGCCACACCACUUAAGUGUUUGUAUAUGUGUUUCUCUAUGUGUGUGAGCAUUUUGGGAGAAGUGUGGAUCGUAUCUGCCUUAUCCUUAUUUAAAGUUACAUGUAAUGUCAUUCUUGCCCUUGUCACAAGUUUUCUGAGUAGCAGUCUUCUCUUCUUCAGACUGAUAACUAACAUAGAUGUUGAACAGGUACUUUUGUUCUUUUGGAGUAAGAAAAAAAAAUUCUACUAACCUACUUCUUGGCCAGUUGUGGGGUGCAACAGUUCUACUCCUGUUAUUGAGGAGAUCAUUGCUUUGACAUUACUGGAAUUGUUGGCGAAUCCAGUCUACCAGAGUCUUUGUUCUGCUGGCUGGAAUUUGGGGGCAAAGGGUGGCAUCAGUGGAACCUACACUUGUUUCUCAGGAAAACUUGGAGGAUGUAAUUUUUUUUUUGUUUUGUUUUAGUGCUUGGUUUCUAACUUGAGGUUCAGGCUUGCAUCUCUCCCUUGGAGUGAAAUAGUGGGUGGGUCCUGGGGGGGCUGUAAUUGAUGUUUUGGAGAGAGACGUAUUCAUCCUCCACAGUUGCUUCCUUUGAUAGUAUGCUGCUUUCUUACAGGUGCAGUCCACUGAUCACCUCCCUUAGUAGUUCCUAUUUGUAUCUAUGUAGCCGUGAAGCAGAUGGUCCGAGAUGAAGAGUCUCGCAUGUAAAGGAAGGUGUGUUGUAGUGCACAGCCUAUUGGGUAGUUGUAGCUCAAAUCUGUGAGUUAAAUUAACAGUAGGACUGGUCCAGAGUGGCUUUCAUGUCUUUGUGUUUAUAUAAAGAAGCAGCUGUUUACAUUCUAAAAAACUGCUAGAUGUGAUUUCUGUGAAUUAUUUAAAACAAAUCUUAACAUUAUAAGUCUUAUUUUGAAGCAAAAUAUAAAAUGAAGGCAUGUGUUUCAUAAAUGGCAAAUCUGCUGCUGCAGAAUGCACUGAAGUUGCACUGUUGUGCAAUAUUUCCAGUAUUUGACAAAUUCCCUUGUCAUCCUGCAGACUGUAAAUGGUAUGCUUAGCUCGCUCUCUAUUCUAGUAAACAUAAUAAAAAAUUAUAUUUAUGAAAUAU